UUUUGUUUUGGGGUUUGAUUCCAAUUUAAGUUUGGGUUAAGAGAUUGAAGCAGACUUCCAAUUUGGUAUAAAUACUGAAGUUAGUUGUAGACAGAAUCAUUAUCAGCUUAUCAUUCAACUUGUUCGUAGGUCAACUCAACUCCAAAUCUCAAUACAAUCAUGAAGUGCAUCGCAGCUGUAGUCAUGGUGGCCCUUGCCGUCGCUGCCGAAGCUUCCUACGUCCCGUACGCUCAUCAGGGAUACGCUGUCGCUCCAGUGGUGACCUACGCCGCCCAUCACGGCGGACCAACCGUUGUCCAGUCCAACGACCCUCACAGCUGGGCCUACGCCUCUGCUGUCCACCACGCUCACCCGAUUGCUCCAAUUGUCUCGGCUUACAACCAUUACGAUGGCCACAACUACGCCGGACAUCACAUCCCGGCGGCCGUGACCUACGAUGCUGGCCACUACUACGAUAACCACCAUCAUGGACACGCUGCUGCCGUGAUUGCUGCCCCAGUUCAGCACUCGGCCACGUACGUCGCCGCCAACCGUGGAGCUGUCCACAAGGCCCCGCUCACCGGACAUGCCGUCAACCAGAAGUCCCUGAACCUGGCACCGGCUCCGGGAACUUUGUAAAUUUUAUGACUCAACUUACCUGUACGUAAAUGUGAUAAAUUAUAAAGAAUACAAAUGAACAUAACGUAAAAAA